AUGUUUUGCAACGCUUAUGCGCUGCUAUUAGCCCUAACAGGCCUAGCUCAAGCAGUGCCAUUUUCGAGUAAGGUGCACAAAAAGACAGCUCUUGUCCUCAUCGAUGUCCAGAAUGACUUCAUCACUGGAUCGUUAAAUAACUCCAGAGCUCCUGCUAUCUUGCCUAAGAUCUACCAAUUGUUGGAUGACCACGAAUGGCCAUUUAUUGUAGCGUCGCAAGAUUGGCAUCCGACUGACCACGUCUCUUUUGCAUCUGCCCACCCAGGGAAGGAAUCUGGCGACUCCAUCAACAUCACCUUUCUGGAUACUGCUAGUAAGAUUGAGACGCAAGGACUCUACGCGGAUCACUGUGUACCGGAAACCUGGGGCGCGGAGAUCGAGACAGGCGUUCAGACGCGCCUGCACUACUUGGAGGGCUUCCGCACACCCGUCAACUAUAUCAAGAAGGCUCAGAACCACUCAGUCGACUCCUACUCAGCAUUCGCCGACAACCAGUACCACCAAUUUACCACCCUGCAUUCAGAGUUGACACUACAUAGCAUUGAGACCAUUGUUAUUACUGGGUUGAUCACCAAUGCAUGUGUGAGAGGUACCUCCAUAGAUGGCAUCAAGCUGGGCUACGAGGUUGUCUUGAUUGAGGACGCUACUGAGACUUUCUCCGACGAGGCGAAGGCCAGUACUAUCGCUGAGCUAGAAGGGUGGGGAGUCCAGGUCAUGAACCUGACUGACUGGGAAGCAGCCAACCCAACUGGCAUUCAGGGAAGAAGACGUUGGGAACUGUGA